CAAGGUGGAGGGAAUGGCCAAGAACAAGGUGGAGCAGACAGGAGAGUUAGAACAGAGCUUGCCACCCCAAGAAGAACUUUUCCAAAUAAAUGGGGUCAUUCUGAAAAAGAAUGUACGUGACAUUUGGGACCAAAUCUGGAACUUCCAAGCCAAGCCUGAUGACCUGCUCAUUGCUUCCUAUCCCAAAGCAGGAACCACUUGGACACAGGAAAUUGUAGAUCUGAUACAGAACAACGGAGACGUUGAGAAGAGCAGACGAGCUCCCAUCUACCUUCGACAAGCUUUCUUGGAGUGGGCAAGAAUGUCAAACUCCGGGAUUGACCAGGCUAAUGCAAUGCCUUCCCCGAGGACCCUGAAAACUCAUCUUCCUGUGCAACUACUGCCUCCAUCCUUCUGGGAGAAGAAGUGUAAGAUAAUCUAUGUGGCAAGGAAUGCCAAGGACACCGUGGUGUCCUACUACCAUUUUCAAAGGAUGAACGAAGAGCUCCCUGACCCGGGAAGCUGGGACGAGUACUUUGAAACCUUCCUGGCAGGCAAAGUGUUAUGGGGGUCCUGGUACGACCAUGUGAAAGGCUGGUGGAGGAAGAAGGACAGUCACCCCAUUCUCUACCUCUUCUACGAAGACAUGGUGAAAGAUCUCAAACGUGAGAUUAGAAAGGUGAUGGAAUUCCUGGGGAAGAAUCUGAAAGAAGAGGUUUUAGACAAAAUUGUCUGUAACACUUCAUUUGAUGUCAUGAAAAAGAACCCCUGGACCAACUACACAACUGACACUAAAAUGAAUCACAGUAUUUCUCCAUUCAUGAGAAAAGGAGUCACGGGAGACUGGAAAAAUCAGUUCACUGAAGCUCAGAACAAGCAAUUUAAUGAACACUAUGAGAAAAAUAUGGCUGAGACUUCUCUGUCGUUCUGCGUGGAACUCUGAAACACAGAGUACGAGGAUCAAACACGCUCUCACCAGACCCUGUGAAGUAGAAGAGAAAGCUGUUUCCAAGUACCACUAAUGGUUUGUGUCACUUGAUGUUUUAACAGUGACCAGAAUGUUCUCGAACCUUGAAUUUCUCAUCCACUUUUUGGAUUAACCCCAGUCUGACCUGUUAUUGAGGAACAAUAUUUAGAAUUUGUUCUCUCUUCACAGAUUUCCAGUGUUUAGGUGAAUUUCAAU